GUUCCUUGCAGUGCCCAGCCCUGUGCCCACCAGGUCCUCCAGGUCCCCCAGGAAUGCCAGGAUUCAAGGGACACACUGGUCACAAGGGAGAGCCUGGUGAAAUAGGAAAAGAUGGAGAGAAGGGUAGCCCUGGACCUCCUGGACCUCCAGGCAUCCCUGGCAGUGUUGGCCUGCAGGGCCCAAGAGGACUUAGAGGCCUCCCUGGCCCAAUGGGUCCAGCUGGUGACAGAGGUGACAUUGGUUUCAGAGGGCCACCUGGAAUCCCAGGACCUCCAGGAAAAGCUGGAAUCCAAGGACACAAAGGACCUCGAGGAUUCAGGGGGCCCAAAGGGGACACAGGCAGACCUGGACCCAAAGGAAACCCAGGGGCUCGUGGACUCAUAGGAGAACCUGGCAUGCCUGGCAAGGAUGGACGAGAUGGAGCCCCAGGACUCGAUGGUGAGAAGGGGGAUGCAGCUCGCGUGGGUGCUCCUGGAGAGAAAGGACCAAACGGCCUGCCUGGCCUGCCUGGCAGAGCAGGUAACAAAGGCUCAAAGGGUGAACCAGGCAGUCCUGGAGAGAUGGGAGAGGCAGGUCCCUCUGGAGAGCCAGGCAUGCCUGGUGAUGUUGGUGUUCCUGGUGAGAGAGGGCUGCCAGGACCCAGAGGAGCAACUGGACCUCUUGGUCUUCAAGGCCCCAUUGGAGCCCCAGGUGUCAGAGGUUUCCAGGGUCCCAAAGGUGCCAGUGGUGAGCCUGGGCUGCCUGGGCCAACUGGAAUUCGUGGAGAGCUGGGUGACAGGGGUCCUGCUGGUGUUCCUGGUCCCAAAGGUAACCAGGGCAUUGCUGGAGCAGAUGGCCUCCCAGGUGACAAAGGAGAACUGGGUCCCUUUGGUCCUCCUGGCCAGAAAGGAGAGCCAGGAAAAAGAGGAGAACUUGGCCCCAAAGGUGUCCAAGGACCUAAUGGGACAGCUGGAGUACCAGGCAUCCCAGGGCAUCCAGGGCCCAUGGGCCAUCAAGGGGAGCAAGGUGUUCCUGGCAUCACAGGGAAACCUGGACCUCCUGGCAAAGAGGCCAGUGAGCAACACAUCAGAGAGCUCUGUGGGGAGCUGAUCAAUGGUGAGUGCCACUGA